CAACUUUUUUUGUGAACGAAAAGUGAAGGGAGGGGGGCGGGUGUCGUGGACAGGCGCUCCACGGCUGCUGGCGCCCACGGUGUCACCGGACGUGUAGUGGACCAUGACCUUCAGCAGUAAACCUAUGGAUGAGACAGACAUCCAGGUGGAGGGACAGACGGCCGGUGGAGAAGAUGCGGACAGUCCAUACAUGUCACUGUUGGAUGGAGGUAGUUCUGAUGUGGACAAAGGCGCCGCAUCCUUCGCUCCUGAGCUUCGGGAUGAGACGGAGUUUUCAGUCCGGCUCCAGGAUGGUCCAAGCAGGAGGUCCGGCUCGGUGAAGCCCCCCUACUCCUACAUCGCUCUCAUCACCAUGGCCAUCCUCCAGAGCCCCAAAAAGCGGCUGACCCUCAGUGAGAUCUGUGACUUUAUCAGCCAGCGCUUUGUUUAUUACCGGGAGAAGUUCCCUGCCUGGCAGAACUCAAUCCGCCACAACUUGUCUUUAAAUGACUGCUUUGUCAAAAUGCCCCGGGAGCCUGGGAACCCCGGCAAAGGGAAUUACUGGACCCUGGACCCCAUGUCAGCCGAUAUGUUUGAAAACGGGAGCUUUCUGCGGCGGAGGAAACGUUUCAAGAGGCAGCAGUUGUGUUUGGGGAUGUUGGAGGAGUCCAGGGCGCAGGAGCGCAGCCUGGUGCCCGUGUUUCCUUUGGUGGGGGCUGCGCACAGGAUGGGUCCCUGCCUCCAGGGCCCGGACCUGUACCACGACCUGAGCUUAGGGCAUCGGCUCAGCUCCCACACGGGCCCCAGCAUCCCAUUUGUCAGCAGCAUCAUACCUGCUCUGUCUUCGCUCCUGUCCAAGAGUUUCCCUUCACGCCUGAGCUUUGAGCAGUUUGACCCGGGACACUGCGCCCCUGGCCCGCCUUUGGCCCCGGACUCCACGUUCAUCCCUACCGUGUCACUUCACGGAAUGGUACCCAACUACCCCGUUACUCAGUUUCAGAAUUUCGCCAGUCUGGGAUCAUCAAACUUCCGUCUGAUUUAAUUGGAGUGACUUUCUUUCCGGAACCUAAAAAACACAUUUCCCACUUAAACCUCAGAGUAAACUCAUGGUACGUUGUGUAAAAAUACUACAUCAAUCUUUCUUUCUUUCUUUCUUUCUUUCUUUCUUUCUUUCUUUCUUUCUUUCUUUCUUUCUUUCUUUCUUUUUUUUUUUUUUUUAAACCACAAUGCCAAUUUGUUUUUUAAUCUGUU